AUGGCAUGCAGAAGCAGCAGCAGCAAUAGCACGCGACAGUCUGUUUUGCAUAAUGUUUCGCCCAUGCGCGUCGCAGCAUCGGGUAUAGAGUCUGCGAGACUGCAACAGCACUUCAUAUACCACCGGCAGCAGCAGCAGCAGCAGCAGCAGCAACAGCAGCAGCAAGAGAAGCGGAGGCGCAGGAUUAAGGGCCGCGUGGCUGCCCUUGUUGUUGCGUUCACAGCAGCAGCAGCCGCAGCCAUCGUGCUGCUUGUUCAGAACUGGCAAGAUGAUUACCCCACGCAGGUGCAGAAGCUAGAGGAAAAGCUCAAGAAGCAACAGUAUAUCUAA